CCGAGCAGCCGCUUCCUCGACCCCCGCGCUCGUCCCCAAGCGGCCGAUGCUGGCGCCUCCCCCUAUGGAUCCGGCGCCCCCGGGCAGCAGCCCCAGCUGAACCGCGCCCCGCCUGGCCGAGGGGAGGGGGCUCGGCGGCCGCGACGGGCGGGGGCUUCCCGGGGCUCCGAUUGCGGCCGCAUCCCUCCUCCUCCUCCUCCUCCUCCUCCUCCUCUCCCCCCCUCCAGCGCAGGGACGCAGCCAUAUGGGGGGUGGCAGGAAGCGCCGCUGCCCCUUCCUGCCUGCGGGGAGAGUGCGGCGGCCGGGCCGGGCACCGAGGCGGCAGUGAAGCCGAGCGAGAGGCGGCGGCCGAGAGCGGAGCUGACCCCGGGCCUGCCUUGGCGGCCCCCGCCCUCCCCCUCCCCAUGGCCGCGCGGGCCGAAUAGCGCCGCUCGAGCCGCGUGUCCGCCGAGAGGAGCCCCCCGCCCGCCGCUCCAGCCGCUCCCCCCCCCGCCUCUCGCCCUCCGGGGCGCAUGAGUGGCCACUCGGGGGAGGCAAGCGGCCGUCGUCGCCCCCGCCGCGCCCGGCCUUGGGCCGCGGGAGAAGAUGUCUUUGCGCAUCGCGCUGGCGGCGGGCAACGAGCGCAAUUCCGAGCCGCACCAGCGUUGCCCGGUGGUCACCCUGGAGCCUGCCCCCCUGAUGGUGACGCCGCCGCUCUCCCCCCAGCCCUCCACCCUGGCCAGCAGCCGCUCCGAAAAGGGCUCGUCAUGGUCCAGCCGCUCGCUGGGCGCCCGGUGCCGCAACUCCAUCGCCUCCUGCCCCGACGAGCAGCCCCACAUCGGCAACUACCGGCUGCUCAAGACCAUCGGCAAGGGCAACUUCGCUAAGGUCAAACUGGCCAGGCACAUCCUGACCGGCAGGGAGGUGGCUAUCAAAAUAAUUGACAAGACGCAGCUCAAUCCUACAAGCCUCCAGAAGCUCUUCAGAGAAGUCAGGAUCAUGAAGGGACUGAAUCACCCCAAUAUCGUGAAACUCUUCGAGGUGAUUGAGACGGAGAAGACCCUCUACCUGGUGAUGGAGUAUGCCAGCGCCGGAGAAGUUUUCGAUUACCUGGUUUCCCACGGCCGCAUGAAGGAGAAAGAAGCGCGAGCCAAAUUCAGACAGAUCGUCUCGGCUGUGCAUUACUGUCACCAGAAGAAUAUUGUACACAGAGACCUGAAGGCAGAGAACCUGCUGCUGGAUGCGGAUGCCAACAUUAAAAUAGCUGACUUUGGCUUCAGCAACGAAUUCACGCUUGGCUCCAAGCUGGACACCUUCUGUGGGAGCCCCCCCUACGCCGCCCCAGAGCUCUUCCAGGGCAAGAAGUACGAUGGGCCGGAGGUGGACAUCUGGAGCCUGGGGGUCAUCCUGUACACCCUGGUCAGCGGCUCCCUGCCUUUCGAUGGGCAGAACCUCAAGGAGCUGCGGGAGCGUGUGCUGCGUGGCAAGUACCGUGUCCCCUUCUACAUGUCCACGGACUGUGAAAACAUCCUGAGGCGCUUCCUGGUGCUGAAUCCUUCCAAACGCUGCACCCUGGAGCAAAUAAUGAAGGACAAGUGGAUCAAUAUCGGCUACGAAGGGGACGAGCUGAAGCCUUACCGAGAACCCGAGGAGGAUUUUGCGGAUGCCAAGCGCAUAGAGGUCAUGGUGGGCAUGGGCUACACCCGGGAGGAGAUCAAGGAAGCCUUGACCAACCAGAAGUACAAUGAGGUCACAGCCACCUACCUGCUGCUGGGCAGGAAGAACGAGCAGGUGGAAGGGGGGGAGUCGCGCACGGGCAGCAGCCUCUCGUUGGCCCGAGCACGGCCGCCCAGCGAGGCCUCCAACGGCACCAGCAAGUCCUCCUCGCACGCCAAGGGCCAACGGAGCUCCUCCACGUACCACCGGCAACGGCGGCACAGCGAUUUCUGUGGCCCUUCCCCCGCCCCCCAGCACCCCAAGCGGAGCCCCACCAGCACCGGGGACGGGGAGCUGAAGGAGGAGCGGAUGCCCUCGCGCAAGGCCAGCUGCAGCGUGGUGAGCAGCGGCCGGGGGGGCCUCCCGCCCUCCAGCCCCAUGGUGAGCAGCGCGAACAACCCCAACAAAUCGGAGAUCCCCGACCGGCGCAAGGACAGCGCGGUCAACACGAACAACAUCCCCUCCAGUAUGAUGACCCGGAGGAACACGUACGUCUGCACGGAGAGGCCUGGGGGCGACCGCCACUCCCUGCUCCAGAACGGGAAGGAGAACAGCUCAGGUGCCAGCCGGGUGCCCCCGGCCUCCCCCUCCAGCCACAGCAUCGCCACCUCCUCCUCCUCCUCCGACCGCAGCCGGCUCUCCCGCGGCACCAACAUCCGCAGCACCUUCCACGGGGGCCAAGUGCGGGACCGGCGUGGCACCGGCGUGCAGAACGGGCCGCCCCCCUCGCCCACCCUCUCCCACGAAGCCCCCACUCUGCCUCAGAGCCGCAGCCGGGCCACCUCCAACCUCUUCAGCAAACUGACCUCGAAGCUCACGCGGAGGGUCGCAGACGAACCUGAGAGAAUCAGGGGACCUGCGCUCACAAGUUGCAAUCUACCUUGGCAUCAAAAGGAAGCAGAACCCCGGCUGCUCCGAUUUACCUGGAAUGUGAAGCUGACCAGCACCCGCUCUGCCGAGGCCAUCCUGGCCGCCCUCUGCCAGGCCACGGACUCUGCCAACUGCUGCCGCCGCCAGACGGAGCCCUUCGUCCUCUCCUGCACCCACGGGAAGAGCGCCAGCGAGCACUUCUGCUGCUUCGAGGUGGAGGUCUGCCGGCUGCAGCGGCUGGGAGGGCUGCACGGAGUGCUCUUCCGGCGCCAGGCUGGCACCUCCCUGGCCUUCCGCAGCCUGGUGGCCAAAAUCACAGACCAGCUGCAACUCUAGGGUGGCCCGGCCUGCUCCGGCACUGACUGACCCCCUGGCUGGGGGGGGGACAUGGCCCCGGGGCCCUCCCAGCUUCCCUCCGGGGCCCAGCUGCUGCGCCGCCCUGGAAGGUCCCUGCCGGCCUGUCCGUGGUGCUAGGAGGGGUACAGGGGGAGGGCAGGAGGGAGGGGAGAGGAGGGGGGCUGGCGAGGAAGGGCACUGGCCCCACCUCCGGCCCCUAAUUGGGUGGGGGAAAGGCUAGCCGGCCCUCCCUUUCCCGAGCCACGCGGGGGGCACUGCAGGCGAGGCUCCCCCUCCUCCAUCUCUUGUGCAAAGGGAGCCCUGCUCAUGCCCCCCUCCCUCAUUGCCCCCCAAACUCCAGGAGCCAAAGCGCUUUCAUUUCCCCAAAUGGAGGGGGGGUUGGGGGGCUUGCCCAUAGUGUCCCGCCUCCCUUUCCUGGCACCCACAAAGGCUGGCACUGUCCCCCCCCCCCACCAUCCCUGGCUCGACUCUGCCUAGAGAGCUGGCGAGAGGAGCUGCCGCCGCCAGGGAUUCGAACUUCCUCCAGGGCAAAGGGGGGCCAAGGCGGUCUGGGCCAGCGUGGGGGUGGGGGGUGGGCGGGAGAAUAGAGCAGAGUAGUUCCAUUGAGCUGGGAGGGCCCACCCGACUGGCAAAGGCACCCUGGGCCUCUGCAGCACCACAUCCAGCCUUGCCUUCAGUGGCAGCGCCAUUCUUACCCGACUGGGCGGGCAGCUUGGGCACCGGAGGCCCUCCUGCCCAAAGGCCUGCAGGCCAGAAGGUCCUGAGCAGCGGGCAGCAGGUGGCACCCUGGCGUCUCCGUGCAGACCUCGUGACCGGAGCCAAGCCCGGGGGAAAUGGGGCUGGGGCCACGACCCCGCUUGGAAGGGGCUGGUCCUCCCGAGUGGGCGGAAGGGCUGGGAUUCGGACACUGCUGGCCAUCUCGCUGCGGUGGCCAUGAGUUGGCGAUGCCCAGGCAGCUCUGCUCCAGUGCCGCCGGAGGGCAGUGCUGGGUUGUGAGUUGGCACCUCUGAACCCUGAGACCCAGCAGUGGGAAGGAGCCGCGGAGGGGGGCUGGCACGGUGGCUGAGCUGCCAGACACCCUGGGCAUGGGCUGAGGGUGGGGUGUUUGGCCAGGAGAAGCUUUGGGGGGCCUCGGCGGACGGGCCCAGAGACACAGCUGCUGAUGGGAGAGUGGGCCCCUUGGGUGGGGAAAGCUGCAGUGCCCCCCUCCCCCCCUCCCGGCUUCCCUUUGUUUACUGGGUGCCCCUGCUGUGACUUCCCCCCUCCCCUCCCCCCUGGCCUCUUGGGUGCCCCCCACUCUGUACAGACCCCCUGUAAAUACUAGUCCCUUAGCCCCGUAUCACUGGGUAGAGAUAUUAAGCGCCACCUUUUCACCUCUGGACGAUGUAAGUUAUUCCGGCCCCAAACGAUGGUAGUGUCCAACCCUCAAUAAACGUAGAAACUCUC